AUGUUGUUUUUAUUAUUAUUACAGCUAGAGAAAAAGGUCAAACUAAGCCAAAAUGUUGAACCGAUAUCAUUAAUAAAGAAUAAAAAAGGCAUCAAAUCAGGUACUGUCUGUAGUGUUGCUGGCUGGGGAAGACUGCAGACUAAAGGCUCAGCGAGUUAUCGCCUAAUGGAGGCAAACAUGAUGUGUGCAUAUGGCCGUGGUGGAUACUGCAAAGGGGAUUCAGGAGGUCCUUUGGUUUGUGGAAAAUCUCACUUCAUUUGGUGA